UUGUAACUCUGUUCCAGUGAAACUAACUCGGUUAACCCAAUUCGUUGAUUCGGCCAAAGCCCGCAACGAUGGCUGUGGAAACGCUAGCGUAUCACAACGGCGUCGUUUCUAACGGAGAUCUGGGCGCGAACUCCAAUUCCUCCUCCGCCGCCGCUGCCACCAAAAACUCACGGGAGAGCGAGCGGCGUCGCCGUCGCCGGAAACAGAAGAAGAAUAACAGCAAGGUCUCUGAGGAAUCGGCGCAAGACGGUGACGACGCGAAGGAGAACACUGAUCCACAGCAGGUGGUUGAACAAGUUGAAGUUGAGUAUGUACCAGAGAAAACAGAGCUAGGUGAAGGCCUGGAUGAAGAAUUCAGAAAAAUCUUUGAGAAAUUUACUUUCAGUGAGGUUACUGGCUCAGAGGAUAAUGAUAAGAAGGAUGAAUCUGCAGAAAAUGCGGCUACAAAUAAGAAAGCAGACUCUGAUUCUGAAGAGGAAGAAAAUGAUAAUGAGCAAAAAGAGAAAGGCAUUUCAAACAAGAAGAAAAAGCUUCAACGUAGGAUGAAAAUUGCUGAACUGAAACAGAUUUGCUCAAGGCCUGAUGUUGUUGAGGUGUGGGACGCUACUGCAGCAGAUCCAAAGUUACUUGUAUUCUUGAAAUCUUAUCGAAAUACUGUACCUGUACCUAGGCAUUGGUGCCAAAAGAGAAAAUUUUUGCAGGGGAAAAGAGGUAUUGAAAAACAACCCUUUCAGCUUCCUGAUUUCAUUGCUGCCACAGGAAUCGAGAAAAUCAGACAGGCUUAUAUUGAGAAAGAGGACAGUAAAAAGUUGAAACAAAAGCAAAGGGAACGCAUGCAACCAAAAAUGGGGAAAAUGGAUAUUGAUUAUCAGGUUCUUCAUGAUGCAUUCUUUAAAUAUCAGACAAAGCCAAAGCUGACAUCUCUUGGGGACCUGUAUCAUGAAGGAAAAGAAUUUGAGGUAAAGUUGAGGGAGAUGAAACCUGGCAUGUUGUCACACGAAUUAAAAGAAGCUCUUGGUAUGCCUGAGGGUGCUCCUCCUCCAUGGCUUAUUAAUAUGCAGAGAUAUGGUCCUCCUCCAUCAUACCCUCAUCUGAAGAUCCCUGGCCUGAAUGCUCCUAUCCCCCCUGGGGCUAGUUUUGGCUAUCAUCCUGGCGGCUGGGGCAAGCCUCCUGUUGACGAAUAUGGGCGUCCACUUUAUGGAGAUGUUUUUGGUGUUCAUCAACAAGAACAGCCUAAUUAUGAGGAGGAACCAGUUGAUAAGAGCAAACACUGGGGUGACUUGGAGGAAGAGGAGGAGGAAGAGGAAGAAGAAGAGGAAGAGGAAGAGGAAGAAGAAAUGGAGGAGGAGGAACUAGAAGCUGGUAUUCAGUCUGUUGAUAGUUUGUCUAGCACUCCCACUGGAGUGGAGACACCUGAUGUUAUUGACCUUCGUAAGCAGCAGAGGAAGGAACCUGAAAGGUACUUGAAGAGAAGGAGGGAAAAAUUGCUCCGGGAACUUUGCUUGGAACCACACACACUUAUGUUGUUAGCUCUGGCACCCAGGACAAGUCAGGGGCUAAAAGGGUUGAUUUGCUUAGAGGUCAAAAGUCAGAUAAAGUGGAUGUCACUUUACAGCCAGAAGAGUUGGAUGUCAUGGAAAAUGUUUUACCUGCAAAGUAUGAAGAAGCAAGGGAGGAAGAGAAGUUACGGAGUCAGCGUGAGGAUUUCAGUGACAUGGUUGCAGAGAAUGAGAAGAAGAGGAAGAGAAAGAUGCAAGAAAAGGAGGGCAAGUCCAAGAAGAAGGACUUUAAGUUUUAAGUUGGUUUCGUUACUUUUUCAUUUGCAGGAAAAGUGGAGACCUGGGAGUUACCCAUUCAUCAAAUUGUCAUUUUCCAUUGGAGAGAGGGUUGGUUGUUAGCUGUGUUUUAUGGCAUCUCUUUCUCUUUCUCUAUCACGUGUUAUUGUCUGCGAGUAGCUUUCAUUGCUUUGGUUAGGAAUAUAUUACUUAUGUAAUACGAUGAACACCAUAACAGAACGAGGCAUAUGCUUUAGUUGGAAACACAAUACAAUGACUCAUUAUUAUUGUUGUUGGCAUUCGGGAUCCGUUCGUGCGUCUGAUACUUACAUGAUCCACGUGAUUAGAUGCGUGAUAAUUCUUAGCAUGAUAUCGAUGUCU